CACCAGCAGCUUCACCAUCCUCCCACAUCACAACACUGAAUCUGUAACUACAACACAAUGGGGCUGUAAUGUCACCGGCGAGCGAGACUAGAGCAUCUUCUCAAGUGUACUGAAUCUGUGUAUGGAUUUAAUGAUGAUGAAAAAGAAGAAAUUCAAGUUCAAGGUGGAUUUUGAGCUGGACGAGCUCUCGUCAGUCCCCUUUGUGAACGGUGUCCUCUUUUGUAAAGUAAGACUACUGGACGGCGGGUUCUCCGAAGAGUCUUCUCGAGAGCCAGUGCAGGCCAACUGUGUUCGAUGGAGGAAACGGUUCUCUUUCCCCUGCAAGAUGAGUGCCAAUGCAGGGACAGGUGUACUGGACCCAUGUGUGUGUCGUGUGUCUGUCAGAAAGGAGCUGAAGGGUGGGAAGACAUAUGCAAAGCUUGGUUUUGCAGAUCUGAAUUUAGCAGAGUUUGCCGGCUCAGGGAAUACAACCCGCAGAUGUCUGCUGGAAGGCUACGAUACCAAAAAUACUCGCCAGGAUAACUCCAUUCUCAAGGUCAUCAUCAGUACACAGCUCAUGUCAGGGGAUCCCUGUUUUAAAACGCCUCCCUCCACAGCCACAGUGAUCGGGAUCCAGGGUGAUGGAGAAAGCCUGCUGGAGGAGAGGAGGGGAGGGGAUUCACAAAAAGGCUGUUCUGCAGAGAGUCGAGAAGGGAAGUGUCCUGUUGUUUCCGAUGAGAUUGGGGGCUGCGGCCACUCCCGAACAUCCAGCUAUGCCAGCCAACAGUCCAAACUCUCAGGCUACAGCACAGGUCACUCCCGCUCCUCUAGCAUGUCAGAGUUCAGCCACCGGAGAAACCAUUCAGUGGGCAGUGCCUCAACGGGUAUCGGCAGCAUCCCAGAGCCUUGUGAGGACCGGGAAAGAGAGUCCAGACCCCGUCCUGCUCUACCUGAACACCCAGUUCCCACCGCCACCACUAGCAACCCAGCGGGUACACCAGUACGGAGCGCCUCAUCCUGUGAACGACUCAACAGACACCCAGUGAAGCAGGACUCCAUGGAGUCUCAGCUAAAGAGAAUGGACGACACACGUGUGGAUGCUGAUGAUGUUGUGGAAAAGAUUCUCCAGAGUCAAGACUUCACACCCAGCCUACUAGACUCCAGUGCUGAAGAGGAAGGCUUGCGUUUGUUUGUUGGUCCUGGGGGAAGCACAGCCCUUGGAAGCCAUCACCUUCCCACCAGGGUUGGUGGUGGAGCGUAUGAGCAAGUGGUGAUAAAGCGUUAAACCCACAGCCUCUCACAGGCGGACUGACACUGCUUACAUCAUAAAAACUGAUGCAAGGCUGUGUUCAUUUUAAUCUGCAUUCCUACAGCACACACGUUACCUGAUCAGCACCGUGUCUGACCUAAUUACUCUGAACAGUAGAUAUUACAACAGUGCACUCCUGUGUUUAAAUCUCCUCCAUGACACUGUAGCUCCCUGAUAGAUUUUUAAGAGCAAGAGGUAGACAGUUAUAAUCUCAGUGUAAACACACAGAUGUGAAUUAAGAGAGAUGGAACACUGACCAGAUCGUUCAAAACAUUUCACUGAAACUGUCCACUCCUGGGUGUAGAAACCAAACCCAUUUUAAACUGUUAGGAAGUAGAAGGAAACUUUCUAAUGGGAGGACACCAGGACAGACUGCGUGUGAAUAAUCAGAAUGAACUGAAAUCUACACUGAAGAGGAGUAUGCUAUGCGUUUUCAAUACAUUCCUUUUGUCUCUGUGUUUGUUUUGGACGUACUUUUCAAAUAGGACGUUCUAUUUAAUAUUUGCCCAUAAGCUGCUAAAAAGCUAUAGUUGUUGGCAGUCUGACAACUGUUGGCGUUUUGAAGGCGAGAAUAUUUUACUACAAAGUCAAGGCAUCAGACUAUGUAUGAACGUGGGCUGUGAGUGAGUGAGUGUGUGUCUGCUAGACACAACACCACUUUUAUUAGUAACAGUUAUUAGCUAAGUAAUGCUAUUAUGGGUACUUGAAAAGACAAAGUGUGAGAACAUGACAGUUUGUUUGUCCAUGGUCGCACCCCCUUAAGCUCUAGCAUACCAAUCAUUGCUGGUUGGCAUAAAACACCGCUACCUGUUCACCAACACAGGAAUGUCGCCACAGGCAGUAAAAACUUUGUUACACUGCGAAUACAGAGAGAUUUAACAGGUGGCGAUAGGCUUAGGUAACUAUCUCAGCAGGUCUCAGUAACUUCCAUCUUUUCUUAGGAAAGCUACCUUUAAACCACAUAUUUUAAAUGUUUUAAAUAGUAAAUUAUGUUGAUUUCAAUAUAAAUAUAUUAAUAGGUGUACAGACACCCAGCAAACAGAUCCAUUUAAUUCCUAUAAUCUAUAAAUAAUAAAAAUAAAGUUUAUUUUCUUAAAGUAGUUUAAAAGGAAGAGAAAGCUGAAAGAAUACACUGUUGAUAUAUACAGCGUUUUCCCCUCAAAGAUCAUUUUCCAAAUGCAGAGUGCAGCUCCUGUUUUUUUGUUUUCCUUUUUUUCCUCCAGGUGUUAUGUAGGUCCUAUGGCAUUGAUUUUUGGGGGUAAAAUAAUCAGCCUAAAAUGUACAAAUUAAGAUAUAUAGCUUCUGUUAGUAACGCAGUUUGCCAGCCCUCUAAUUUAUUGCUUUUGUAAGUUACUUCUCUCUGCCUUUGUAGGACAGUGAAUACAGAGAUAAUAGGGGCUUCUAUGAUGAACAUUGCUAUAGAAGAGCAUUUGUCUAAUGCCCAGCAUCUCUGUUACGUAUCUAUUGUGUACCUACUAGUGUUGUAGUCAAGACCAAGACCAGAGUUUAUCGAGACUGAGACAAGACCAAGACUUUUAGGGGCUGAGAGCAGUCGAGACCAAGACCGAGGGAGGGUGAGACCGAAUCAAAACCAAGACCAGUUCCAUGCAUUGCAUGGCACGCAAUAAAAUGUGGAACGAGAUCAUUGGUACUUCACAAAUUGAUCUGAAAGAUCCACAUUCCCAUUAAAAACAAACACUAAGAUCUGAAAUCAACGUAAGCAUCACUGGGAGGGGUGACAUUUGAAGCAAUGUGUUUUACUUCCAAUCAAAGUUAAAUAAAUCAGACAAUGCAAAAGCAAUUUAUUGAUCCCAAAGUUACGGUCUUGACUAGUCUUGAAAUAAAUUCCCGAGUCCUCAAUGUCCGAGACAAGACCGAGUGCAAAUGCGGUCGAGUCCGAGACAAGACCAACACCAACAAAAAGUGGUCUUAAGACCGGUCUCAAGUACUACAACACUAGUACCUACACUUUGCAACUCAACAUCUUUCUGAGCUGGCCUGUUGAUCAGGAAGCUUCCAUCAGUGAACAUAUGGAAGAUUCUGUGACAUAUAUUUAAGAUUGUACUGUGAAGGACUAAUUAAGUAAUCCACUGCCAUGAAGGAAAUACAGCAUCUGUAUUUAAAAAGACCCAGAUUAACGUUUUGUGUGUAUGUGCAUCUCCUAAAAUCUAAUCAACUGUUAGAAUUGAGAACAGUCUUAUAACCAGUGUAAUAACCAAGGUAAUCAAUACAUGACUGAUUAGUGCUACAGACAGAAAUCUAAUCUGACAACAAUAUAAAAAUCCCGAUGGUGUCAUGCAUGUUGACUAUUCUCAUUUUGUUUUUUAGCAGAAUAGUAUAUUAAGUGCACAAUUUAUUAAGUUAGCAAAUUAACCAAAGUAUACACGACACUGUUAUUACCUGGGACCCUGUCAGGCCUAUGCAUAAGGAGAAUAUUACACAUAACUAGUGAAAACAGACUGUACAGUAUCUGUAAUCUUCUGUCAUAAGCCAUAGGGAGGUAGGAUACUUCCUCUUCUACAUAAACUAUAUAAAUGUUAUAUCAAUAUCUGCACAAGCGUCAUCAGUGUAUGGUGUUUUAACUAUACGUCAGUGUUUUUGUAUGUUCUGCAUGAUUAAGAUGUUUUUGUUAGCUUGCAGAAUUUGACACAUCUUCAUGGUUUUCCUUAAUUUGACAUUGUGCCCUCUUUUAAUCUGAAUAUUUCCACACUGAAGGAACAAAUUUGCUUGCCUAUUUCGCAUGAAGGAAAUAAUUUUGUUCAUUAAUUCAUCUUAAAAGCUGAUAUCCACACACUGUGUGAUGUAACUGUAAGUCAGUGUGCUUUGUGUAAUUGUCAGCAUAGUUUAAAUGUCCAAUGUUGAAAAUCAUAUCUUUUCAUUGCUGAUAUUGUGCCAUAUUUUUUGCUGAAUAUUUUAUUGUUAAGAGGGGGGUGAAGUGUUCUCACUACAUAGUUAAAACAGUGUUAAAUGUAUGAUUUAUGGCUACCAAAUAUCAAAUAUUGGAGAUUUGUGUGUUUAUUGGAUACACGUCACUUGUUUUACCUGUGUCACACAGGUAUGUUCAUCUUGGUACCUAACAUGUUGUUACAAACAUGGUUUCUUCUUCUCUUCUGUGAAGCUGUCUAUUUAAAUUGUAAAAUGUAUUCUCCUGUAAAGUGAUGUUCUGCGCUGUUCUGACACUAUCCAGUGUUUCUUGUUACAGACUUGUUCUUUUGACUAACAUUUGCUUCUUUAACAAGUGUACUGGAUGCUUCAAAUGUGUACCUUGCACUGUUGAAUAAAACUGUGUAAAAACUGUAA